AUGGAUCCUCUAUAUUAAAUCUAUAGAUAUCAUCUGAAACAAUAGAAUUUCAAUUAUCCCUAUCAAAUUUGUUUUUAAUAUGGGAUUUGGUCCAAAUAUAAUCCUCUUAGUAUUAUUUCCUAGGUAGGAUUAAUAGGAAUUUUUGACAGUAAUUGUUACUAAUUUCAUCAUGCUGUUGAAUAAACUACAAAAUCUCUUAUUUUAAUUUACUAUGUUUGUAUAGAUUAAGAAAAGAUGUCAAUUAACAAAUUUAUUGAAUUCUCAAAUGAUUUUGGCGAAUAGUUUAAAUUUGAAGUUCCAAUUGAUAUAUUUCAAUUAGAAGAUUAAUGGUAUUAUUUUGGAAUAGCUUAAUGGCCAAGUUUAAAUAGAUGCGAAAUAAUAAUAUUUUCAGAGAAAUAAGUAUUGUUCUCAAAGAUUAUAUCUAUUUCAUACAUAUAUCAAAAUUAAGACAUAAUAUUAACUGUUGGAGGUGGAUUUGUUGUAAAUAAGUCUAAAAUUAAUACUUUAGAAUAAGGCAGAUUGUUUUCAUAUUUUCCUGGAACUAUAUAUAUUGAUUUUUUUGAAAUUACAGCUACAACCCCAGGAACUGAUUUGGAGGUUUUAGCAAAAGAAAUAUUUACAUAUGAUUAUUUAUGUUAAAUUAAUACUGAAAUUCAGAUUAGUGAUUAAGAAUUAAGUUGGCUUGAUUAAUACUUUUAUUCUUCAGAGAACAUUAACUGGGAUUCUUUUACAUUAUCAGGUUGGCUUAAAAUAUUAAAAAUUGUUAAUGUAUCAAAUGAAUUUAUUUAUGAAUUUUUUAAAUUAGGUCCAAAUUUUGAAAAUUCUAGAUUAUCUAAUCCCAAUUACAGUCCUUUUAUUUUUUAUUAUAAGAUCUCACCAUCAAAUAAUUAAAUUAUAAUUACAACUUAUAGUUAUACAAUACCAUUUUUAGGUUUAGAUCUUUAAAAUAACCCAUUUAUUAUUAAAAAGUCAUUAGAUAUUACAAAUAACUUGUAUUUAUGGCAUAAAUUCUCAGUUAAGUAAUAAUAGAAUAAAAUUACAAUAAAUAUUAAAUUUUGGGAAGGACAUAAUAUUUAUGAAUAUAGUGUAUAAUUUGAUGUAAUCUAAUUUCAUAGGGUUCAAUAUAAAUUAACUUAUGGUAAUAAUUAAUAAUCGCCUGAAAAUUAUUUAAAUAUAAAAGUUUAAAAUCUAAUAUUUUUGAAUUGUGAAUCUGAAUAUUAUCAAUCAAAUUGUCAUUCUAAUUGUUUAGAAUGUGAUGGACCUAAUGAUAAUGAUUGUUUAUCUUGUUCGGUAGAAUCUAGAAGAAUAUAUUUACCUGAUUAAAAGUCAUGUAUCUGUCCUUAUGAUCUUGUAGAAGAUGAAAAUUGUAAAUCAUAUGAAGAUUACAAUUUUGAAUAGGUAGAAGAAUAUAUAUAAAAAGAUUAAAAUUAAUGUUAAUAUGGAUAUUUUGAAUUAGGUGAAGAUUGUAUUUAAUGGUAUUAUAAUUUAAGUAUAUAAUUAUUAGUCCUUCAAUUAAAAGAGACAAUUAUUUAACCUGCUUAGAAUGUCUUUAAAAUCCUAAAGAUUGGGGUUAAAAUCCUAUUUGCAUAAAUAAUAUAUAUUUAGAUUCUAAUGGCAACAUACAUUAGAAAAUAUAAGAUAUGAUAGAAUCUAAAUAUCUAUUUGAUGGAAUAGAUUUGAAGUUUUGUGAAGAAUGUGAAUAAGAUUCUAUUUCUAAUCCAGAAAAUAUUAUAAGAGAUUAUUUUAUUACUUCAAUUUAAUUUAAAGAAUUUUGUUUAUAAAAUAAAUUUGAUUUAGAAACAGCAAUUAACUUUGAUAAUUAGAUAUGCUAUGAUUGUGGAAUAUAUUUAUGUAAAAUUUGUAUUAUCUCAAUAAAUGGUUUCAUGUGUACAAAAUGUUAAUCUAAUAUUUAAGUAAAAAAUGGAAAAUGCACAGUAGGUGAUCUUUUAUCUAAAGAAAAAGAAGAUCUUAGAUGUAUAUAACCUUUAUAUAAAAAUUCAAUGAAAUAAUGUUAAUUAUGUUAAAUUGAAAAUUGUAUUUAUUGUUUUGAAUAUUUAAGUAACGAUUUAUCAAAAUCUACCUUAUAUUUAGAUUUUGAAACUUUUCUAAUUAAUGAAAACUUUAAAGUUGGAUGUGCAUUAUGUAAAAAUAAUUUCAUAUUUAAUUUUAUUACUGGAAAAUGUAUAUAUUAAUAGCCAUAGAUUAAAAAUUGUGCAAGAUCAUUUAUUAAUUAAGAUAAUUAAGAAGUAUGUACUUUAUCUUCUAAUGAAGAUUUUAAUGUUUCUCCAGAAAUUUCUAAUUGUCAAAAAUAUUUAUCUAAUUGUUUACAAUGUAUAAUGACUCCUGAAUCUAUAAUAAAAUGUAUAAUUUGUUAAAUUGGAUAUACUACUUAAAUUAUAUCAGGAUAAUGUAAACCAAACAAUAUAGAAAAUGCUAAAAUUGUAAUAUAAGGUGAUUUUCUGUAUUAUGAUGGAUUUAUGCAAAGACUACAAAGUUUUAUGAUUUAAUUCCUGCCAAAUUAAUAUUUUUAUUUAAGAGCCUAGGGAAAUUAUAGAACUUCAAAUUAAAUAAUUGAAUGUUAAGAUGGUUAUAAACUAAACUCUAAUUUCAGAUGUAAUAAAUAUUGUAGUUCAGAAUGUUAAUCCUGUUCAUAUUCUAACAUUGAAAGCAGUUUUUAAUGUUUAAAAUGUCCAUUAAACUAAUAUAAGACUUUUAUUAGAUCAUAAGAAUCAGGUUCUUGUUUAUAAUGUCCUUAAUUUUGCGAAGUUUGUUAAAAUCGUUCAGAUAAUGAAUUAAAAGUAAUAAAAAUAUAUAUUUUUAGAAUUAUAAAGAUAGCACUUCAAAGUAUUCAAAAAAAUGUCUAAAACCAAUUUAAAAUCCUAAUAUUGUUCUUGAUUAGUAUUCACAAAUUGCUAGAUUGUGUUACAAUCAAAAAUGUAAUAAUGCUCUAUUAUUUCUUCUUGACUUUUUCAAUACUAAUCCUAUUGAAAAUAUAGAUAAUAAGAUCAACAUUUAAUAUUGUAAUGAAAUUGGACUAUCUUUACUUAUUAUUUAAUUGGAUUUAUAAGAAGAUUAUUAAUUUGUAUCAUUGUAUGAAGAUUAUCCAUUUGAUUAAAAAUAAGAUUAUGUUCUAUUUCUUUCAACUUUUUUAAAAUCAUCAAUAUUUUCUUUAAUUAAAAUUAAUUUAAGAAUUACCUAACCUAGUAAAUAUGUUUUUUAAGUUUCAGAAAACAAUUUGUUUAAGAAUUUUGAUGAGGUAGAAUUUUUAAAUUUUGAACUAAUCUUUUCUAAAAAUACAUCUUUAAUGUUUGAAAAUGAACAAUCUUAAGUAAGUUUUAAUUUUACUAAUCUCCUUAUUAGAAAUGGUUUUAUAAAUAGUAUAUUUUCAACUUUUCAUACUUCUAAUUAUGGAAAUAUUUAUUUUAACAAUUUACUUUUUUAGGAUGUACAAUUUUUAAACUGUAAUUUUUUACAUUUAGAAUCAUAAAAAGUGUUAAUUAAUGUUACUAUUGAUACACUUACAUUAUAAAAUUGUAAUUUAAUAAACUCUAACUUAUUUUCAUUUCUUAAUACUUAAGUUAAUGUAAUUGUUUAGAAUCUUAACAUUAAUUAAUGUAAUUUUACAAAUUCUACAAUAUUUUUAUUUUCAACUAAUCUUCCCUUAAAGAGUUUUAUUGAUGUAAAAGGUUUAAAUAUAUUAUAAUGCGAAUUCAAAUAUUCAAAUUUUAUCAACAGCACAAAAACUAUUAAUAUAAGAUUUUUUAAUAUUUUAUUUUAAUAUAAUUAAGUGAAUAGCUCAGUAGUAAUAUCUUAUAGUGAUAAUUUAUGGAUGUAUGAUGUCAAUAUUUUUGAAAAUUAUUUUAUAGAUUCAAAAUUUGCUUCUAUAAUUUAAGGAUCAGAAAAUAGAAUUACAAGUGAAAUUCUAAAUUUUGAAGCUAAUGAAAAUAUAUUUCAAAAAUCUUAUCUAUGUUAGAUUAUAUCUAUCAGCUUGAAAAACAACUUAAUCUUAUAAUUAAUGAAUAUACGCCUUAAUAAAAACAUUUAUUUGAUUACACUUGAUGGUUACUAUCCAUUAUUUUCAAUAAGUUGUAUUGAAUUGCUUAUUAAAAAUGCUUAAAUAAUAGAUUAAAAUAAUUGUAAAAUAUUCAACAUUUUUGAUAGUUUUUCUAUCAUUUUAGAAGAUAUAAAUUAUUAAAAUUCAGUUUAAAAUUUUAAAGUACCUUUAAAUUAAAAUUGUGCUUCUUAAAAUGAAAUAAAAAAUCAGCUUUUAUCUAUAUAAGGUGUUUUAAUAGUUAAAUUAAAUAAUUUUAUGAUAUUUUAAUAAACCAGUUUUGAUUUAUCAUUAAUAGAUUUAGCUUAAAGCAGAUAGAAUUUAGUAAACUAAUUUAAAGAAAUUAUAAUAUAUAAUCUAACAUUUAAUAAUAAUUUAUUGAUACAAUAAUAUGAAACUAACUUUUUUUCAUUAAUAACAAUUUCCUCAGAAACCAAUAUAAAAAUUAUUAUUGAUAAUUUAAGAUAUAAUUAAAACUUUUUGCAUCAAUAAACAGAUGACAUACUAGAAUUAUCAUCUAGUUUACUCUUUAUUAGUUGUAGUGCUUGUUCUAUAAAAAUUAAUAAUAUUCAAUGUUAGAAUAAUGGAUUAACAAAUUCAUCCAAUUCAUUUAUUUUAAUAAACGUAUAUUUUGUUUAAUUUAAUAAUUUUACAAUUUAAAACCAUAAUUAUCUUCCUUAAAAUCUAUGGGAGUAAUUUUAUGAUUUUAAAUUAAAUGAGAUUUUGUCAGAUGAGGAUAUAGAUCAUCUUAUGCAAUAAACUUUUAAAAUUUUAAAUAAAGGAGGAGCAGGGUCAAUAAUAGCAUCAGAAUUUUAUUGUUUUAAUUGCUCUUUUAUAAAUAUAAGAAGUUUCAAAAGUUCAUUAUUUGAUAUAAAAACUUAGGCUUAUGGAAUAAUAGAAUUAUAUAAUAUUUUUAUUAAAUUAGUUCUAACUUAAGCUUCUUCUAUAUCUGAUAGUUCUGGAUGUAUAAAUAUAUAUUCAUAGAAUAGCAUGUUAAAUUUAUAAAUUUAACAUGCAUCUUUUAUUGAAAUAUUUAAUUCAAUGAAAUCAUCGAUAUUAUCUAUAAUUCCAUCACAAAAAUAAAAUAAAAUAAUAUUAGUAGAUGUAAGGAUAAUUAAUUGUCUUUCAUUUAUGAAUUAAAUGAUGAAAAUUAUAUUUCCAAUUCAAUCUUUGGGGAAAAAUAAAUUAAUUAUGAAAAAAAUAAAAAUUAAACAAAAUGAUGAUGAUUGGGUAAGAUUUUUUUAAGUUUUUGGAGUUAUUUUAGGCUAAAGUGAAAUUAAGGAAAUAGGUGGAGAUGAUAACGCUUUAUUAUAUAUAGAUAGAUGUGAUGUUACAUUUAUAGAUUUAGAAAUAGAAGGUAUUUUCAUAUCAUCUCUAUUCUAAAUAAAAAAUGCAUUGCAAGUAUUACUUAUUAAUUGCAAAUUCAUUUAAAUAUAAACUUUUUAAUUUUAAGAUUUAAUUUAUUUAACUUAUUCUAAAGAUUAAAAACCAUCUGUUUCAUUUAAAAAAGUAAAUAUUGAAAAAAUUUAAUAAUUUGAUUUAAAUUUAUUAAAUCCUUUUAUAGAAUCUAAAUAAAAUUAUAAUAUUAUUUAUUGUGAAAUAUGUAAGUCUGAUUAACAGCCUUAAAAAAUUGAGCAUCCUAUAAUCAAUUUUAUGAAUUAGAUAAAGAAGAUAUAAAAAGAAAACUCAAUCAUUUUUAUUUAAGGUAGUUCAAGUGAAAUUUAAUUGAAUUUUGACAGUUUAAAUUUAAAUAAUAUAAAUUGUUAAACAUGUUCAAAUGGUUUAAUUUAUGUUGAAAGUGAUUCGUUUAAUUAAUUUAAAAUUUAAGAUUUUGAUUGUAAUUAUAAUAAUGUUAAUUAAUAUGGUUGUUUGAAUUUUAAAAUGAAGGCAGGUUAAAAUAAAUUGAUAAAAAUAAUUAAAUCUAACUUUAUGUUUAAUAAAGGAGGGUAAGGUGCAGGAAUUACAGCUACAAAUAUAUCUUUAUAAAUAUAAUAAUGUAGAUUCAUUAAUAAUACUGUUUUAUCAUAUGGAGGAGGACUUUAUCUAGAAUUAAAUAGUAGUAAUUUUUAAAUUAAAUAAUCUGUAUAUAUAUAUAAUUAAGCUGCUUUUGGAGGAGGAGGAAUUUAUCUAUCUAAUGACUCUAAUUUAGUAAACUAAAAUUUAAUAUAAUCAAUAAUAAAUUUUAAUAAGGCUGAAUUUUUCGGAAAUAAUAUUGUUGAAGCUCCAACUCAUUUAGUAUUGAAUAUAAAUAACUUGGAAAUGUAAUCAUAAAUAUAAAAUAUCAAUAAUACAUAAAACCAUAUUUUGUAAAUUAACCCAUAUAAAACUAUUUAAUAAGGAUAAUUAUUAUUUACAAACUACUUAAUGAUACCAAGUAAUUAAGAAAUAAAAUAAUAUAAACUUUAUAUUCCUGAAGCUUAAAAGUUCAAAAUUUAUCUGUAAAAUAUUGUUUUAACUUGGAGGAAUAAUUAAAAUGAAUAUCUUUAAUUUAAUGGAAAAUCAACAUGUGAAAUAAUUUAAAAUACUUUGUCAAAAAAUUAAGUAGUAUAAGGUUCUACAGUUAGUUAAAUUUUAGAAUAUGACUUAUAAAAAUAACAUUUUGAUUUUGGUUCUUUAUCUUUUUCUUUUGAUCCAUAUAUAAAUGGUUUUGAUGAAGUAUUACAAAUUUAAUUAAAUUGUAAAAAUAUAUAAUAUUAAUAAAUUUUACAUUAUGUUGUAAAUUUAAAAAGUUUUAAAUGUUAACUUGGAGAAUUUUAUGUUAAAGAAGGAUGUUAAUUGUGCUAAUAAAAUUAAGGAUAUUAUUCUGUGACAUAUGAUGCAUUAAAAUGUUCAAUUUUUGAUAAAACAAAAUUUUUAAAUGUGACUUCUAAUAAUAUAUAGUUAAAGAAUGGUUUUUGGAGGCCUCAUUAUUUGUCUGACUUUACAGAAUAUUGUUUUAAAAAUGAGAAAUUUUGUUAAGGAGGUUGGAAAACUGGAAAUGAAUUAUGUUAUUAAGGUAGAAUUGGAGGAUUAUGCGAAGAAUGUGAUCAUUAUAAUAUUAGAGGUGAUGGUUAUUAUUUUAAAGAUUCAGAAAAUAACUGUCUUAAUUGUUCUAAUGCUUCAAGUCUUAUAGCAUAGUAUAUAAUCUUAUCUAUUUGGUAUAUAUAUAAUUAUUAUUAAGGGUUUUACUUUCCAUAAUUUUAACUUUAAGAAGUAUAGAUAAAACUAAUAAACUAUUUGCUACUCUUAAAAUUAGAUAGAAAAUUGGUAAAAUCAUAUUUAAAUUAAAUUAAGGUAUUUUAUUCAAUAAAAAUAGAUCAUGAAGGUAUAUUAAUUAAAUUAUUUCUUAAUUAUUUUUGGAUCUUUUCAAUAAUAUUUACAUUUAAUGUUGAAUUUUCUUUUUCAUUUGAUUUUAUUGAUAAAAUUAGUAAUACUUCUAAUUUUUUAGCAAAUAGUUUGGAUUGUUAUUUAGCCGAUUAUCAAUCAAUUUAAUUAAUAUAUUCUAGAAUAAUUGUCCUGCCUUUUUUAAUGGGAAUAUAAUUUUUAGUGAUUAUCAUAGGAAUUAAAGCAUUCUCAAUUGUUUUGAAGUAAUAAUUUGGCAGUAGUAUUAUUUCAAAUACUUUACUCUAUUUAUAUGUAUCAAAUUAUGCAGGAUUAGUUAAAUAGUAAAAUAAUCAUAUUAUUUAGAUUAUGUUCUAUACUUUCUAAAAGGGAAAUAUCUAAUACAUCUUAUAUUCAAGGUGAUGUAUCUUUAUUAUAUGGAUCAAAUAAUCAUAAAAUUGGAAUGUUACUUUUUGCAUUGCCUGGCUUAGGUAUUUUUAGUUGUUUGAUUCCCAUAUCCUUAUUCUUUUUAAUGUAUAUCAAAAGAGAUAAACUUGAUGAUAUUAAACUUAGAAGACAUAUAUGUUAUUUAUUUAAUGAAUAUCAUCAUAAAAGAUAUUAUUGGGAAUAAAUUAAAUUAACUAAGAAAACUAUCAUUAUAUUAAUUGUGACAUAAUUUGAAACUAAUACAUUUCUGAAAGUUUCACUAUUGGGUUUAAGUUUACUAUUUUAUUAAUUGUUGGUCUUACAUAAUAAACCAUAUGCAAUCUCUAGGUUUAAUUAUCUUGAUUUAUAAAGUGGAUAGAUUUGUUUAAUAGCAAUAUUUAUAGCUGCAGCUAAAUAUGCAAGUUAACAGUAUAAUGAUUCAUUUUCUUCAUUCAUAUUUCAGAUUACAAUCAUGUUGCUUUGUAUUAAACUUGGAUAUUCUUUUAUCUUCAAUUUAUUAAAGAUAUACUAUAAAAAAUACAGAAUACAAAUUAUUACUUUGUUGUUUUAAUUAUUUAAGAAAAUUAAUCCAAAUUUAAGACUAUCUAAAUAUUUUAAUAAUUUAUUAUCAAAGUGGUAAGCAUAAGAUACAAGAUUAAAGUCAAACUAUUCAAAAUUAAGAUUCCACUUAUUUUCACUCUCAAAAAUUAAUAUUAGAAAUUUUAGGUAAUAAAAACUUCUUAUUUUAGAAAUCCUUCAUUAUCUAUUUAAUUUUCAACCACUAUAUCUUCAGUAAGGAAUCAGUAAACUAUUACUAGAAAUUUAUUAUCUAGAGAAGGAAUUUGA